UUUCAGAUGAUAUCAUUAUCACUGGUACUUCUUCUGCUGUUUGGCGUUCGGUGCUUUGAUUCAGCAGGUCAAAUAAACGACGACUCACCAUUAUUCAUUAGCACAUCAAUUGAUAAUUCAAUGAAUUUAAAAAUCUUGGUGGAAAAGAAACCAUAUUUUACGGGCUCUGUUACGGGUUACAAGCUCUAUUAUACAAAUGAUUCAAGUCAAACCAAUGAAGAAUAUGAGAAAUGGAUGCAUCAAGAAGCACUUUCAAAUCAGAAUUCAUAUAAUUUUGUAAUUGAUGCAAAUAAACAUGAAAUCGUGUCAGGAGAUGUAUAUCGAGUCAGAGCAACUGUUUUCUUCAAUAAUGUGGAAAGUGUUCCAACUGGAGUUAUUUCAAUCAAUACAAGACAAUCUAUUCCAAAAGCUCCAUUGAUUGUUAACACUAAAAUACUGUACAAUUCAUCUGUACUCAUUUCAUUUGUACCUGCUGAUGAUGUCAACGCUAUCGAGAACUAUACUUUGAUGUAUAAACAAAUGGAAGCGGAAGAAUGGAAAUCAUUGAAUUUCAAAUCUGAUUUUGAUGGAAAGGUUCUUCUCGAUGGCCUUAUUCCAAACCAUACUUAUGAAAUCAAAAUUUUUGUAACGGGUGGAAUAGUACAAGGAACUCCGUCAAAUUUGGCAACGUUCACAACAAAUUCAACUGCAUUGGCUCUCGUAAAAACAGAACCAGAUGAAGAAUAUACUGCUGAUCCUCAAACAAAUGAACCAUUGAGUAUUACAUGUACUGUUAAAUCAGUCAGUAAAGCAUCAGUUUUAUGGAAAGUUAAUGGAAUAAAAGUAUCCGUAGAUUCAAGUUUCUACACAGUUGUCACUUCAGUUCAUGAAGAUUUUAUUGAGUCAACAAUUCGUGCUAAAUCUAGAACUCGAUCUGCAAAAUUCACUUGUUUAGCUACAAAUGAUGCUGGGGACUCAUCAAAAGAAGUUAAUGUAAUCAUAAAAGGACCCGGAAGUCCUCCGUCUGAAAUCACACUAGUCGCAGAAAAAAGAGGUUACACAAUUUCAUGGAAACCUCCAUCACAUCCUAAUGGAAAAAUUACGAAAUAUGUAGUAUAUCACACAUUAAAUCGAGAAGAUCCAUUAUCCGAUUGGCGAAAAAUUGAUUUGGAUGGAUCUGAAAAGAUGGUUCGAAUAAUAAUGGAUACGGAAGAAAGUUUUUAUGGAAGAGUUCAAGCUGCAACUGAACUUGGUCCUGGAAUUAUUUCUGAUAUUGUGGCAAUGGAAAGAGAUACUCAACCAAUUUCCGUCGAGUCUGACCUUUUUGGAGUGUCUGCAACCACAAUGGUGGUGAAUCCACGAGAAACACUCUCGAUUCAAUGUACUGCACGUGGCAAGCCUCGUCCAUCAAUAUCAGUUGCAAUAAGUGAUCGAAAAAAUGCGAGUCAGGUGGAAGUUGAUGUUUGGAGUCGUUUACAAGCCACGUCAUCGGCUGGAAUUGUAUCUGCAGUACACAACUUUUCAGUGCUUACAUCAAAAUUCGUGCACUGUAGGGCAAAAAAUUCAGCAGGCAGCAAUUAUUCUACAAUGGAAUUGAAAGUUGAUAAACCAGGAGAUGCUCCAACUCAAAUUCAAGUGCUCAGUGUCAAUGCACUAGACGCUCUCGUAGUGUGGCACUCACCACAAUUUCCAAAUUCUCCGAUAACAAGUUACAUAGUUCUUGUGAGCAAUGAUGAUAAAGAAGACAAAAGUACAUGGCUUCAAUAUGAAUCGAACGCUAAGGAAACACAAAUCAAUAGAAUGCUUCUUCCAACUGGAAAUCUGGAAAAAUCAACAGAAUAUUUUGUAUGUGUUCGUGCAAAAAAUGCAGCAGGAAUUGGUCCAACAAGCAGUUUGAUAUCAUUUAUAACGUUGAAUGGAGGACCUGAUAGUCCUCCGGAUAACUUAAAAGUAUUGAUAAAUGAGGCAAAUCAAGUGAUUGUUUAUUGGAAUACACCUAAUUCUACGACUGAAGUUACUGGAUAUCUGAUCUACUACACCCGAGAUCUGAGUCUUUCAAAUGAUGAUUACAAAAAUUGGCAAUUUGUUGAAAUGAACAACAACUCAACUCGAUACAAAUUCGACUUAUCUGUCGGAUUGAAACCAAAAACGUUCUAUCGAGUUCGAAUAUCUGGAAAGAAUUCUCACGCCGAUGGACCAGCUAGUGAAGUUGUAGAGUUUGAGACUGCGUAUUCGGAAGUUCCGAUUCCAACCGAUUUAAAGACCGAAGUACUUGAUGAUAACACGAUUCAUAUAAAAUUCAAUGCAGUCAGAGAUCCUGAUGAUCAUUCUAAAGCUCUUGGUGAAUACCGGAUAGACUUGGCAGCAACUGAUGAUGUUCUUCACGCACUAUGGAAACAAAUUGAACCGAAGUCUAUUAAAAUUGAUGAGAUCAGUUCGAUGGUAGAUGUGGAAAUUGAUGGUGAUUCAGUUGAAAAAAAUCAAAUGUAUUGGGUUAAAGUGACUGCAAGAUUGGACAAUCCAUCAUGGGGAAUGCAUUCUUCGAAACCUAGAUGGUUUAGAACUGGUCAUGGAAAACUCAUGACGUCGGUUACACUGGAAGGUGCACCAUUAAUUGAAAAAGAGCCAAAUCUGUUUGAAGAACUGUCAGUAACAUGUACAGGAAUGGGAAGUCCAGCACCAAUUAUAACAUGGGAAUGGAUGAAUAAAUCAAUUGAAAAUGGAACUGAAGGAUGGAAUAUUUUAAAUAUUCAAAUUGAUGAUACAACUGUUGUCUCAAAAAUUACCAGAAACAAUAUUCGCGAGUCGGGAGAUUUAACCUGUUUGGCAAAUAAUAACGAAGGAAGUUCUUCUGCGUCUGUCGAAAUUCGAGUUUUGGGACCCGGAAAUCCACCAGAAAAUAUAAUUUUGACGGCAUACCGUAACCAAAUAAAUGUGACGUGGCAAGAGUCGACACUUCCGAAUGGAGAUAUAAUGAAGUAUAUUGUAUAUUACUCUGAAAAUGAAAAUGAUGAUUUAUCCGAUUGGAAUAAAUUUGAAACAGCAGAAUUGGAAACUUAUGUGGAAACAUUUGGACCACAUACUAAGCAUUUUAUUCGUGUUCAAGCUGUGUCUGAUCGAGGGCCCGGAAUCAUUUCAAAUGUACUUUCAUGCAUUUCUGAUGUGCUUUAUGAGACAAUACACUUGGAAAUAGUUGCAUCGAAUAUUCUUGAUUUCGAGGCAGAACCAAAUCAAAAUGUUGAGAUUCGAUGCAAAGGAACAGGAAAACCACAACCUGAAUUAUUCUAUCAGUUUGCGAAUGAAACAGAACAAAACUUUGUUGAAGUUGAAACAAAUGACAUGGAUUUGUUCGAAGCAAAAGCUCCAGAGAUUAAUUCAAGAAGGAAUGUUACAGUGACAUGCAGGGCAAGCAAUAAGUAUGAAAAUGUCACGAUAAGCAAAGUUAUUAUAAUCAAAAGACCCGGAGAAGCUCCAACAAAUAUCAGUUGGAGUUUUGAAGAAGAAUAUGACUCAACUUUAUAUAUAAAUUGGAAUCCAAUCGAGAAUGCAAAUGGAGAAAAACUAGAAUACAAUUUAUACCUGUCGAAUUACAAAACAAAAGUUUCAGGACCGCCUGUUAAAAUUCCUGAUAUUCCUCUCGAUGUCAACAUUUCACUUCGAGUAUCGGCAGAAAAUGAAUAUGGAGAAGGAGAAAAGACAUUUCCAAUAUGGAUUCCAACUCCAAAUGGAGGCCCAAAAACUGCUCCAAUUCUUUCUUCACUUCAUGCACAAGAUUCAAAAGUUUAUAUUUUCUGGGUAGAACCAAGACUUCCAAACGGAGAGAUUCAAAAUUAUACAAUUUAUAUCCAAAAAGAAAAUGAAUCAGAAAAUGAAGAACAUAGUAUUGAUAAGGAAUGGAAGAAAUUCAUUUAUGGCUCGAAUAUAACUCAUGUCAUAAUUGGUGUUGAUGAUGGUUUAGAAGAAAAUGAAAGAUAUCAAAUGAAAAUGACAGCAACAAAUCAAAGACAUGAAGGUCCUGAGACGAAGGUAUACACUUUCGAUUUGAUAUCCUUUGACGAGAAUGACGUCAUCGAUAAUUUCACAGCAAUUGUUAUCAAUUCAACGGUGUUCGUCGAAGUGGGAAAUCCCAUUUAUACAAAGUACAAUAUUUAUAUUCGAGAAGAUGGAAAUAAUCAGACUGUCAAACAUGAAAUUGAUGUGGAAAGUGGAAAGACAACAUUUGAAUUUCCAUUUCAGUUAGAUCAUACGUUGAGUUAUACAAUCAAAAUGUCUGGAAUGAAGCUUGGACGUGAAAGUCCUCCAUCCGAAGAGAUUGAUCUUGAAUUUAUAAGUUCACCGUCUCCAACUCCAAUAAUUUCCGGUUCCCGUCGAAAAGUGAUCAAGGAGCCGCCACUAUAACCAAUUAUUUUGAAAAACAAUUAAUUUUCGGGUAGACUCUACGAAAUAUUUUUUUUUUCAUUUUAACUUUUCAAUGCCCAUUACGUUCUUUCAUUAAAACAAAACAAAUAUUUUGUAUGUUCAUCAAUUUGUGUUAUAAAUAUUUCAUAUUAUUUAUCACUGUAAAGUUGUUUUUUCCAAUACUUUCUCCACAGGAAAAACAAAAAUAAAAGUGAU